UAAGCCGAGGUGGUAUCAUGUGAGUGUUGUGGGCACACAGAGCUGAGUCAUGUGCCCGGUGCCAGGCUCUGCCUGUUUAUCCUGCUCUCUGACUGUCAGCAGAUAUUACACAAGACUCUGCCUGUAUUUAUGUUCCCAUUUUACAUGCACUUUACAUCUUUCAUCUAGUAUUUAGCUCCUGUAGAAUGCAUGGAAUAGAUUUAUCUGGGAUAUUUCCUUAUGCAGGCUGCACUGGCUGCUAGAAUGCUAGAAAUGUGAAAACAGCAACAGACUGUGAUCCCUGCGCUCUCACCCCCUCAUAAUCUCUGACUGCCACCAUUCCCAUUCUCCCUUCCAGAGCUUCCUGUUCCCAGUGCUCCCAGUUCAGUGCAUGUGGCCUUUUAUAAAUCUGUGAAUAGGUGUGGUCUGUGACGCAGCUAUUUUUGCAGCCUCAUAUUUAUUUAUAAGCACAGCUAUACUGCCUGCGUCCUGGCGUCUAGAUGAUGGAAUAUUAAGGAGAAGACGUCGUCUUAUUAAAGGUCAGAGCUACGAAGAGACAUGUCACUCCUGGGUCCACCUCCUAAACCUGGGGACCUCAUUGAAUUUAUCCGCUCCUUUUAUAAACAUUGGGGCAUCUAUGUUGGUGAUGGCUAUGUUGUACAUCUCACAGAUCAAGAAGGUGGGUCGAGUCUGUCAUCUGCUUUUGGGGGCUCCGCAGUAGUCAGAAAAGAACUUCUAGAGAAAGUGGCAAACGGAUGCAAUUACAAGGUUAAUAACAAAUAUGAUGAGAAGAUCAAACCCUACCCUGCAGAAAAGAUAGUCCGGGCAGCCCUGCAGCUGGUGGAUCAGCCAAUGCAAUAUAGUGUUACCAGCGCCAACUGUGAACACUUUGCUACAGAACUGCGAUAUGGGAAAGGCUUCUCCGACCAGGUUGCUAAUGCUGCCACGUACACCGCUGUCGGAGGAGGAAUCUUUGUUGCAGCACUGGCCACCAUAGUUGCUGUUACACGAAGCAGAAGACAAAACCAAUGAAGUCAAGAUCAAUUUGUCAGAACUUGUUUGUGUGAGGGAGUGGUUUGUAAAUGAGUUUUUAAGGAGUGUAUAAUAUAUUCACCAAUCACUUAUAAUAUGAAAACCACAGCCAUAAUAUAAAGGACCCCCCUCCUACCUCCAAAACAGAUAUCUCUUUUUGAGGCCUAGACUCCACAAGACCUCGAAAGAUGUCCUGUCAUAUCUAGCACCAUGAAAUUGUCAUAGUCCUUUAGAGGGGUACUUCAGAGUAAAUAAAAGUUGUGUAGUUCUUUCCAGUCUGACCACAGUGCUCUCUGCUGACACCUCUGGAACUGUACAGAGCAGGAGAGGUUUGCUAUGGGGAUUUGCUCCUACUCUGGACAGUUCCUGAUAUGGACAGAGGUGUCAGCAGAGAGCACUGUGGUCCGACUGGAAAGAACUACACAACUUACUCUGUAGUAUACAGCAGCUGAGAAGUACUGGAAGGGUUAAGAUUUUUAAUUAGAAGUCAUUUACAAAUCUGUAUAAUUUUCUGGCUCCAGUUGAUUUGAAAAUAUAUAGUUUCCUUCAGAGUACCCCUUUAAGAGCGAAGUGAGAUGUGAGGUGCGGCCUCUAUGGAUCAGACAGAUCAAUUAGAUUUAGAUCUAGACAUUUGCGGUCAACCAUCUCUAAAACAUUUUUUGCAGUGUAUUAGGGCAGAUUUUGCUGCUAUCAGAGGACAUUAUUUUUAGGGACUACCACUGUAGGGUGCACUUGGUCUGCAACAAUGUUUAGGUAGUGGUACGUUUCAUCCUUACAAAUGUCGGGAGUUAAGGUCAUUGUACAGAUCCUCUUCCAGGUUGCCUUCAUGUAUUUCAUCCUGGUGCUAUUGCUUCCACACAUAAGUGUUAUGCACAUACCAUACCAUUUGCAUAAGGUGUAAGAGAACAGGACCCCUCAGACUGGGCCAUCUUCUUCCAUAGCUCCAUGGUCUAGUUCCGAUGCUCAUAUGUAGGUGCUCUCAAAGGUGGAAAGGUAAAGUAAGGGCAUUGGUCUGCUUCUACACAGCCCCAUAUUCAGCAGCCUGUGAUGCACAGUGUGUUCUGAUAUCUUUCUAUCAUAGCCAGCAGUAAGGCCAGGUUCACACUGCGGAAGCUCCGGACGGAAUUUCCAUUAGAGAUUCAGCGACAGCGCUAGGACUAUGAGGACUGCAUUGCCGUCCCCAUAGAUGGCAAUGCAUUUCUGAGCGGAUCUGUUUUUGCUGAGCAUUGGGCACUGUUACCAGUUCAGCUGUUGUCCUUCAUUGGAACAUUUUUAGUAAGCACUAACCACUGCAUACAGGAAACACCCCACAAGACCUGACAUUUUGGAGAUGCUCAGUAAUGGAUAUUUAGACAUCACAAUGGCUUUUGGUAAGAUCCUUACAUUUGCUUCCAGGAUUCAAGGACUGAAUGUUGCCUUGAUGCCACACACUGAAGCCAGCAUAGAGCGGGCCUUCAACAGCGGAUUUGGAGCGUAAAAUACGCUGUAAAUCCGCGUGUGUGAACGUACCCCUAUACAUUACACAUUUUCUUCACCUGUCAGUGGUUUAAAUGUUAUGGCUGAUUGGGAUAGAUGGAUGGAUAGAUAGAUAGAUGGAUAGGUAGAUAGAUAGAUAGAUAGAUAGAUAGAUAGAUAAUUUUUAGGCAUCACCAGCAUUGAGUUGUAUGUUUUGCCCAUGUUUGCAUGGGUUUUCUCCAGGUACUCAACUUUUUUGCCACAUUCCAAAAAACACACUAAUAGAUAAAAGGGUUUGCCUUAGAGUUUGAAAAAAAUAAAAAUAAUAAUAAUG